CUUUCGGCGUUUCACUCUGAAUUUUGCUACGAGUUUACGGUAACGUUAUUAUUUAAAAAUUAAAAUGUCUUUUACUAGUGAAAGCCAGCAAAACUCACCAUUUCAUUUGAUUCGAGUUAAUGUUAGAGAAAUUCUAAUCGAUGUGAUUCGUAAUCUAGAAGGCACAAAUGGUAAUAUUAACAUUGACUAUGUUCGCUACAAAGUCGAUUGGCUUUGUGCAAUACUGACGAGAUUCGGCAAUAAUUUGGAAAACAUAGAACAUUUACUUUUACCACGUAUCAGGGAAGCACAAACUAUUCUUGCAACCAUUGACGACGAUUUGUACACAGGCAACAACCAUGUACCAACUUUAUUGCAAACAAAUUCCAGAGGAAGGCCUAGUUUUCACAUUCCUUGUGAACAAAUGGAACUAUUUCUCGAUUAUGGAUUCAAGGCAAGUGAAAUGGCAAAGAUUUUGGGUGUUAGUGAAAAAACAGUUUACCGGAGACUGGAGGAAUAUGGGCUAUCCAUGAGGAACAGCUAUUCCAGUAUUACUGAGAACGAGUUGGAUGACAUAAUUAAAGGGAUAUUGGUGGAAUUCCCUAACACUGGAUAUAAAACAAUGCGUGGACAUUUGCUUUCGCGGGGAUUGAAGUUGCAGGAGAGUAGAGUAAGGGAAGCAAUGAGACGUUCAGAUCCUGAAGGUGUUCUUGUUCGAGCAUUACAGCUAAGGGUAACUCACAGAAGGGUUUACAAUGUUAGAGGACCUCUUUCUCUCUGGCACAUGGAUGGUCAUCAUAAACUUAAAAGGUGGAAAUUUGUCAUCCAUGGUUGCAUUGAUGGGUUUUCUCGAAAGAUAAUGUAUUUGUCCUGUAGUGGUAAUAAUCAAGCAGCCACAGUGUUAGGUUUGUUUUCAAAAGCUGUUGAACUUCAUGGACUACCUUCAAGAGUGAGGGGAGACUAUGGUGGAGAGAAUGUCCAGGUGGCUUGGUAUAUGUUUAACCAUCCACAGCGAGGACCAGGCAGGGGAAGUUACAUCACAGGAUCAAGUGUUCACAACCAAAGAAUAGAGAGGCUGUGGCGUGACUUAUUUGUUGGUUGUCUGUACAUCUAUUACUCUAUUUUUUAUUACUUGGAAGAAGCAGGAUAUUUGGAACUAAACAAUGCAAUUCACAUGUUUUGCUUGCACUUUGUUUUUCAACCAAGAAUAAACAGACAACUCCAGCAUUUUUGUAAUGGAUGGGAUAAUCAUCCAUUGAGAACUGAACAAAAUAAAACGCCAAACAGACUUUGGAUCAAUGGACUAUUUGAUAUGUCAUCAAAUAUUACUGGAGAGCUUUCUGAUUACCAAUCUCAGGUACUUACUACUUCAAAAUGCUUUUUAUUCGUGUGUUCUCUUCGAUUAUUUUCAUUAGGGCUAGGGUUAAACAACUGCUCUGGAUUAUGGAAAGAAUUAAAUGAAAAACAUGGAAUGUGGAAUGGAAUGAGUAUGGUAUUGACCCUGAUGCACCUUGCCCUGUACCUGAGUCAGAAAAUAUUGAAACACAAGAUGUGAUGUCUCCAUUACAAGAUGAAGAUUUCGAAGCAAUGAAACAACAGAUUGACCCACUAAAUGAUACUGAUGUGUAUGGCAUUGAAACAUACAUACAGGCAUGCAUUUUUGCAUCUUCUAGGUCAGGUUGCCAUGAGCCUGAAUAGUUUUUAUUAGCAGGUGAUUUUAAGGAAAGUACAAACAUAUUAAGGACAAUCACUUGCAAAACCUGGCGUUCUAAUUAGGAAAUGUACACAUCUCUUCUGGAAAAUGUUUUUGCCUUUAAAACAGAACCCAACUGCAACAAAUGUUAUGAUACUAAAUCCAACUUGUGUCUUAUAUGAUGCCAAAUCCCAUUGCUUGCAUGUCCAAGGCAAUGUUCAUCUGUCUGGAAAACUCUUCAAAAUUGGCAACUUUUUUUGGUAGUUCUAAAUCCAUAGGACAUGUAUUGGAAUUUGGCAAAACACUUUCAAUAGUUGUGAGAGUUAUCUUGUCAGGUUCAUGAAAACCCAUUGGUGGUAUACUACUUGCACCAGUAGAAAAUGCCAACAACUUUUGCAAACCCU